GUUGUCAACAAACAUAACAAUUUAUAAUUAGCUAUAACUUUAACUAUGAAGAGCUUUAGUCUUCUAUAAAACUGACUUCUUGUGUCAAGAAAGAGACCCUUGGGUUUCACGAGGAUCUGGAGGCUGCAACCAUGAGCUGCUCUAAAGCAAACAUUCCUAUAAGUCCUGACAUGCCUGAGGUACCUGAAAUCAGAGUGUGUGUGGAGAGUGUAUUUGAGGAAGGACUGGUGGUGUGUUACACUGACCCAGCUGGACUGGAGUACAGAGGGGCACUACUCGCCUUUACACCAACUGACCAAAGAUUGCUUAGUGUUGUGAAGCCUACUUCUCGUGAGCUGGCCAACCCACUCUCCUAUGUCCAUGACCAUCCAUACUGUAACCUCAAUAGAUAUGCAAAACAUGUAUCUUCAAAGAUCCCAUCUGAUAUUUUACUGAACUGGAGCACCCUCCCAUCAUUACUCGCUAACUCUAAAACAAAUAACUUGGAGGAGAUUGCAACACGGCGAAAACUAGCCGAGGUGCCUCUACGCAGUAAAAAUGACGAUGUGCAAUUGUCCAUGCCACAAAUUAGAAGUUCCACUGUUUUCACUGACCCAGUUAAAGAACCGAGACACAGACAUCGAGUGUAUUGUCCAUCUGUUAUGGGACGAACUGCCAAGAAGAUUGCCAACUCAAGGAUUUUUGGAGUUGAUAGUUUUAGUGACAGUGAAAGUUCACAUUAUGUAAAGAGUCACAAAAAGAAUCAUAAAAAGCGCAAGUCCAUCGUUCCUAAAGUAAAGAGAAGACAACAAUCCUCUUCCCCUUGUGUCGUUGACUCACCCAGGCCAAGACCAAAAAUUAGCCUGAAGAAAUUUUCUAUACCCCUGUUUCGUAUUAGACUGUCCCCAAUUGGUUCUCCGUGUCCUCCUAGCCCCCCAAAGUCUAGCUGUUGCAGCUCACCUGAUGUUAUUGUUGUAGAUUGAAACUUUCUAUUGUAUAUACAUCAGUUUAUCUGUAUUUCUCUCCCGUGCAUGCAUGUUUUUAUAAUUAUUGUAUUGCAUCCACCAUGUCAG